AUGGGAAGAUCUGAGGGUUCCCUUAAAGAAGGACCUGGUGUGCCAGAGGCUGCCAAGUAUUCCGAAGAUCACAGCCUACGGCUUCACCCAGUACAGAAAAAGCUCAUGGAGGUCACUAAAAGUCACUACUUCGGAUCCAUGUUGGGCGACAGUUGCCAGCUUCAGUUUUUCCAAAUACUGUUGAAAACGAUGUCGGCUAAGAAGUACCUCGAAAUAGGUACCUUCACGGGCUACAGUGCAGUGUCCGCAGCAUUGGCCCUGCCUCCAGACGGAAAGGUGGUGGCCCUGGACCUCUACGAGAACCUAGUAAACGUGGGCAGGCCUCACUGGAAGGAAGCUGGCGUGGAGGACAAGAUCGAGAUGAGGUUUGGCCAAGCUGUUGAGUCCUUAGCUCUGCGCAGAAGCAGCGGCGAGCUGAGAAACGCGCUACGGAACAACCUUGGCGGCCCGCGACAGUGGCGACCUGCGGAACCGUGGCGCCGGAGUUUCGUGACCACGCCCCACCACCGAUUCACGCCGUACGUUGACUAUCCAGGAGACUGA